AUGGCGCAGGCGAGGUGGGAGCAGAAACUACGGAAAGAGCAAACCUCGUAAAGGAAAUUAAAAGACAAGGAAAACAACUGCCCACGUAUUUUAUCUUUUAAACUUCAGACUCCGAUCCAUAUUUGGAUUAACAGAACAUAUCAGAACAAGAUGAUGUCUGAUGCGAGCGACAUGCUGGCAGCUGCCUUGGAGCAAAUGGACGGCAUCAUAGCAGGCUCCAAGGCUCUGGAUUACUCCAAUGGCAUCUUUGAUUGUCAGUCCCCGACAUCGCCCUUCAUGAGCAGCUUGCGAGCCCUGAACUUACUGGAGGACCUGAGGGGCGUCCUGGAGCUCAUGGACACUGAGGAGAGAGAGAGCUUACGUUGCCAGAUCCCCGACUCUACCGCAGACAGUCUGGUGGAGUGGCUGCAGGGUCACCUGUCAAAUGGACACAUUUCAAUUACCGGAGAUGUUUACCAGGACAGACUUAAUCGUCUUGAAAGUGACAAAGAAUCCCUUGUGCUUCAGGUGAGUGUUUUGACAGAUCAAGUGGAUGCACAGGGGGAAAAGAUAAGAGAUCUAGACGUGUGCCUUGAAGAACACAGAGAAAAACUAAACGGCACCGAAGAAAUGUUACAACAGGAGCUCUUGUGCAGAUCAUCUUUGGAGACUCAAAAGCUGGAGCUGAUGGCAGAGGUUUCCAGCCUGAAACUCAAGCUUACUGCUAUGGAGAAGGAGAGACUUGAGUUUGACGAAAGGUUCGGGGAUAGUGAGGGUUUAAUUUUAGAGAUCAAUGACCUGAGAUACCGCCUGUCUGAGAUGGAGAACGAACGGUUACAGUAUGAAAAGAAAUUGAAAUCCACUAAGUCGCUAAUGGCUAAACUCUCCAGCCUGAAACUCAAAAUGGGCCAGAUGCAGUAUGAAAAACAGAGGAAGGAACAAAAAAUCCAGGCACUCAAGGAGGAGCUGGUUACAUUGAGAAGGCAGCUGGAUGAGACGGGGUCCAGAUCCCCAACGCCUGCAGGCCUAGACAGCACAGAGAGAGUUUUCCAUACUGAAGAAACGUUUAAAAAGAGGCUCAAAGAGAAACAUAUGGAGGUACAGAAGAUGAAGAGAGCGAUGGAGUCGUUGAUGGCGGCAAAUGAGGAGAAGGAUCGCAAGAUUGAAGAACUACGACAGUCGCUUAUGAGGUACAAGAAAGUGCAGGAGAUGGUGAUGUGUGCACAAGGACGAAAAGAUAAGGUCAGAGAAGGAGACAGUGAUGGAAGCAAUAGCGACAGCUCCCUGUCCAUGUCCACCGCCCUCUCUUUUUCCAUGGACACUGAGAAGUCGGUGCUCGAUUGCACAGAAGAAGUGAUUGGGAGGGGACGGGACGAGAUAUCUAUAUUUAUCAGUACACUUCAAGUGCCAUCCCUCAGUGUAUCAUCCUCAGACAGCGGUCCAGUCCUGGAACAAAUACAGUCAUCAAGUGAUAAGGGGUGUGAGGAGCCAAAUCAAUCACAGGAGACCCUGUUACAUGAGAGUCCAGAAACUUCAGAGGUCACAAAGUCUGGGAGUCUGAACAAUCUGGAUGGAAGAGCCAGUGAAAAGAGACCAUUGGCAGUGGAUCAGAGACCAACAGAUAGCAAAGCAUUAGAUGAGUUCAACGAGAUCACAACUCUACCACCCAAAUCCCCAACUACCACUCGCACUGCCGAGGAUGACAGCUUUGGCACCAGGAAGGCCAGAUCGUCCUUCGGACGGGGCUUCUUCAAGAUAAAAGGAGGAAAGAGGACAGCGAGUGCCCCUAAUUUGGCUGAGACGGAGCGGGACGGCACAGAACAUCUGGAUUUGGCAGGGAUGCCGCAGAGGUCAGCUGACAGCGACAGCACGCACACACUGCCCAUUUCCCCUGAGGGAAAGAAAAAGUCGAAAGGAAUCAAAGCGCUCUUUGGAAAGCUCAAAAGAAGUCAAUCAACCACAUUUAACCUGGAUGAUAACCUAUCAGAGAGCGAGUUUAAAAGGGGAGGAGUCAGAGCCACAGCUGGGCCCAGGCUCGGCUGGUCACGUGACCUGCAGAACACCAACAGCGAGCUGGAUGCUCCGUUUGCACGCUGGUCUCGAGAGCAGGUGUGUGAUUGGAUGCAAGAACAGGGCUUGGGGUUGUACGUAGGUUUGGCCAGGCAUUGGAUCUCCUCCGGCCAGACGCUCCUACAGGCCUCCCAACAGGAUCUGGAAAAAGAGCUGGGGAUCAAACACCCUCUUCACAGGAAGAAACUCCAGCUGGCAUUACAGGCUCUGGGCUCAGAGGAGGAUGACAACAAAGGCAAACUCGACUACCACUGGGUGACAAGGUGGCUUGAUGAUAUCGGCCUUCCGCAGUACAAGACUCAGUUCGAUGAGGGCCGUGUGGAUGGACGAAUGCUUCAUUAUAUGACAGUGGAUGACCUGUUAUCUCUGAAAGUUGGCAGUGUUUUGCAUCAUCUCAGUAUUAAGCGAGCCAUCCAGGUGCUACGUCUUAAUAACUACGACCCCAACUGUCUGCGCCGACGACCUUCGGAUGAGAACAACAUCAGUCCCGCUGAGAUCUCUCAAUGGACCAACCACCGUGUGAUGGAGUGGCUGCGCUCUGUAGAUCUGGCCGAGUAUGCACCCAACCUGAGGGGAAGUGGAGUUCACGGCGGUCUGAUGGUGCUGGAACCUCGUUUCAACGUGGAGACGAUGGCUCUGCUGCUUAAUAUUCCCCCCAAUAAAACUCUGUUGCGGAGACAUCUGGGCACUCACUUUAACCUGCUUGUGGGUUCAGAGGCCCAGCAUCUCAAACAAGAGUGUCUAGAGAACCCAGACUACACCUUACUUACUGCCACCGCUAAAGUGAAGCCACAUAAGCUUGUAUUUGGGGGAUUUGGGAGAAAGAAGAAGCAAGAGGACAAUGAAGAGUACGUCUGUCCCAUGGAUGUGGAGAUGCCCAAAGGACGCAGCUUUCAGAAGGGCUACAGAAGCAUGGAGCUCCAGAUUUACGACGAUGAUCUGGAUCGACUUGACCAGAUGGAGGACUCAGAAGGAACAGUGAGGCAGAUCGGCGCUUUCUCUGAGGGCAUCAAUAAUUUAACGAGCAUGCUGAAGGAGGAUGAGUUCUUUAAGGAGAUAUCCACGUCUUUUCCCAAUGCCAGCUUGAGGGACGAUGACUCCAAUGUGUGAGGACACAGCGGGGGUAACCUGAACCCCC